AGGCGCUGAAGUAUCUGCUGACUCGCCCCAGUGCGCUGCCGUCCAACGCGCCUGUUGGCCCUGUGCCUGCUCCGUUGAGUCCAAUGUCGAUUGACAGGGAGCUCCCCGACGAUGAGCAGCCCAUACGGCCAAACGUUAUGGCCAGCCCGCAGAGUCAGCGUAGCGCUCGAACAGGUCGAACGGCGCUCAGUGCGGAUUCGUGGAAUGCGACUCCCCGCGGUCAACGAAGUCGGUCCCAAAUCUCGCUUGGCGGUUCAAUAGGCAAGCGCGCCGGGACUCCUGCGGCUGAAUACCUUCGCUGGAGCGAGCGCGGCGAACAGGAAUUGUUGCAUAGUCCUACGAAGGAUUAUGAGCACAUCCCGGGUCAAGACGACGAGGACUUAGACUUCGAACUGCACAACGAGACCAUGUCUGAUGGCGGCUUCGAGGGCUUGGAGAAUGUCCGGGCUUGCUGUGAUGGUAGGCAUACAGUGGGACGCUCUGGCAUUCACGAGCACCAUCAUCAUCAUCAUCACCACGAACACGAUCACCACCUUCACCGUGAACCCUCUCGUCCGCUAGACCAACACCUCCACGCCGCUCCGAGAGAAAUGUCUCGGCCAUCCUCGCCGGCGUGGUCGUUCAGGUCUCGCGCAGGCAGUGCCACCUCGCACGACGGCGCGGGUUUCUUUUCGCGGUUCGGGUCGAAGCGGUCGACGAAGCCUGUACAAGGUGUAUUCGCUGGGUCACAGGAGCAAUAUUAAGGCAUAAUAAUAGACAUUGUAUUUGCGUUUUAUUGGAAGGUUCCGCGCUGCUAUCGUCUGCUUACUCAAAGUCCUACAUUCAUUUAGUCUCGCAUUUCUUGUCCAUACCAACAUCCUUCCUUGCGGUUUCCUAGAUUGCAUGUACCCAGUUAUGUUAUACUUGACGAUGCGAUAUUGAUCAGGCCAUUCCUUCAAUCUAUAUGUUACUGUUCUCGUUGCACUUGCGAUUGAGGUCUCG